UAUAUCAAGACGUGUUGUAUAUAUUUGCAACAAUGUUGAUUAUGCUAGAGUCUGUUCAUUCACUGGCGUGUGGACAGUGUACAGCCAUCCCAUAUCCUAUAUUUAAUGAUCAUAUCAGUCCAUUAUACCAAGUCUGGACAAGAACCAAGUCUGUAACAGUAGCAGAAUGUAGUUCAGAGUGUUACAUGAGUGUCCAGUGCCGUUCAUUCACCUACAACCGUGCAACGCAGACGUGUAUUGGGUAUAGCGGCAGCAUGUCGACACCAACGAGGAUGGGUGCCGUGAAUCAAGAUGGUGCAAGAACAUACCUUACCUGUGCAGCACCUCACGCCAUUGGUCAUCCAUGUGCCAUUGAUGCCGACUGUCAUUUCACUAGUGGUGUCUGUAGCAACGGUGUCUGUGACUGCGCGGUGUUCUACAACUACGACAACAAAGCCAAUACAUGCAUUGAGUUACCAAACCUACUGGACGACCCAUGCACCGUGGACUCCGAUUGUUCCGUGGCUAAUUCUGUCUGUAAAAGCUCCACCUCCCGUUGUACUUGUAACUAUGGCAACACAUACAAGCGUUCUGUGAACCAGUGCACUAAAUCGCCCGAUCUUCACAGCACUACUUGCAGCUCAAACUCAGACUGCUCUGUUGUCAACUCAACAUGCCUCAGUGGCAGCUGUGCCUGUGAUGUCGGAUACAGUUUUAAUAGAGAAGAAAACCGAUGCGACCAAUUCUGCACAGUUUACGGAGAGACCUACACCGGCCACGGCGGCAUUGGUGUUAACUAUUGUAACGUCGCCUCUGCAACUACGUCAACUGUUGAAGAUUGCUGGAAGACAUGCAUAGGACACACGGGGUUUCUGUGUAAGAACGCGGAGUACGAUUUAACAAACAAGUAUUGUCAUAUGUGUGAUGAAGCCUGGUUUGAACUCAGCCCAGAAGCUCGAUCGUAUUCAUCACCGGGUUGGGUGACCUACUUCAGAAACUGUGGAGAUUCAAGCAAAUUAUUCGGACAACUUUGCAGCAGUAACGGAGAUUGCUCAGCACCCAAUUUCAUCUGUAGAGGUGGAACCUGUGUAUGCGAUAUUGGCUACUCAUUCAACUCUUCCACCAACGAAUGUGUGCAAUGUGAGUACAUUAAAGAGAAUAUUUCUGAACUUAGUUACCAGUAUCAAGGGGGCCGGUAG